AUGAGCAACACUAUUGUGGUCGUCGGCGGUGGUGUGUCCGGCAUCACGUCGGCGUACCUGUUGUCCAAGAGCAAGGGAAACACCGUCACGCUCGUGGCCAAGCACAUGCCAGGCGACUACGACAUUGAGUACGCGUCGCCGUUUGCGGGCGCCAACGUCCUGCCCAUGAACUCAGACGCCAACAGCAGAUGGGAGCGUCGCACAUGGCCCGAGUUUGAGUGGCUUUGCAGAAAUGUUCCAGAAGCAGGCUUCCAUUUCAAGAACACUCGUGUGUAUCGCAAGCACAAAGACUUGAACCCAGCCACGGCCUCUGCGCCCAUGGAUCCGCUGUUCAACCUAGAUCCGUGGUACCGACACAUGAUGCCCGACUACCGCGAGCUCGAGGCGAGCGAGCUGCCGCCCGGCCAGGACAGCGGAUGCACCUUUACCAGCGUCUGCAUGAACACGCCCAUAUACCUCGCGUGGCUGGUCGGGCAGUGCGUCCGCAACGGCGUCGUCUUUAGGCGGGCCGUCCUGUCGGAGCUCUCCGAGGCGCGGCGGCUCUCCCACACGGGCCGUCCGGCCGACAUCAUCGUCAACGCCACGGGCCUGGGCUCUCUGAAGCUCGGCGGCGUCAAGGACACGGCCAUGACCCCCGCGCGCGGACAGGUUGUCCUGGUGCGCAACGACCGGCCGUCGAUGCUCGUGACGUCGAGCGUCGACGACGGAAGCGGCGAGGUGUUUUACAUGAUGAGCCGCGCCGCGGGCGGCGGCACCAUCAUUGGCGGCACCUACGACAUGGGCAACUGGGAGUCGCAGCCGUGCCCCAACAUUGCCGCCCGCAUCAUGUCGCGCGCCGUGCGGCUCGACCCGGAGCUGGCCAAGGGCAAGGGCGUCAACGGCCUCGACGUGGUCCGGCACGCCGUCGGCCUCAGGCCCUAUCGCGCAGGCGGCGUGCGCAUCGAGCGCGAGACGUUGCGCGACGACACUGACGGUGGUAGCGUGCACAUUGUCCACAACUACGGCCACGCGGGCUGGGGGUACCAGGGCUCUUUUGGCUGCGCAGAGAGGGUCGUCGAGCUGGUCAAUGAGAUUCGCGCGGCCAAGGGGGAUGACCUCUCCAAGGAGCCGACGCUGCUCAAUUUUGAGAAUGAGACGGUGGCAUCGAAGCUGUGA